AUGAUGCAAUCUCUGGAGGAAAAGAAAGAAUCGCAAAUCCAAGAGCAGUUGAAGCUCGCAAAAGACACUGCUAUAGAACUCAGUGAGUUGCUCCCUGGAAAAUGGAACAAGCUAAGCAUGAAGAUUCGUAUCCGUGCGUGCAUGACGGAAGGAGGCGGCUCGUUUUGCAUCAAGACGCGGAUGCUUUGCCACGAAGUAGCGGGCAUUGUGGACGUGUUCGCUCCUGACGAGUUUAGCAACAACAGGGCGACGGAGGAAAGUUCGGAGCCUAAAAAGGAACGCGAGGAUCGCAACCUCAGCAACAAAGCAGUAUUCGAACAGGCCACAAUUCUGAAGACCAUCAUUAAUUCAAUCGACUUUCCCAAGGAUCGAAAGUGGCCUUGGGAUGAUUCAAUCACCAACGACGACGCUGCUUCGUCACGCAGCAUUUUUCGGAAUUCUAGCGGCACCGCAGACCAUGAGGAUCGGGUAAUCGCUCCCACCGCCUCUGGAGGAACGAUGUCGAAAUUGGGCGGAAGCGAGGCUCGGAGUGAUGGUCAGUACCACUAG